AUGAAGCUUUUUGCAGUCACAGCAUCGACGGUGCUCGCUGGGACUCCUUACCAGCUUCACCCAGAGGUCGCUGACUGGCAUAACGGAGAGUAUGGUGAUCUUCGUGUCCAGCCAUGGCAGGUGCCAAGCUUGGUAGCUCUUGGCUAUCUUGAAGAGAAGUUGAACAUCGACUACGAUGCUCCAAGCGUGAGUCCAACCGGAAGAGGCCUUGUUACCUGGGCUAAUCUCUGGCAAGGCCCCAAAACUGACCUCGGCUGUUGCACACACAUCAACGUGAAUUGGAGCGGUGCUGUUUGCACUCCUAAUGGUGUCCAUAAUGACAGAGACAAGUACCUUUGUCAGCCCGACAAUCGAGAGCUCAGAUGGGAACCAGGGAGCGGUUGGUAUUAUGCUGGUUCACCUGGCGCAUGGGGAUAUUUUGCUACCGGAAACCCCGAUCAUGAUGCUACAUGCAUAGGUGGACAUGGCGAAUUCUCGGCUGACUAUCCAUGGAAUGGAUACAAUUUGCUCCUUUCUUGCCAGCCAGGUGAUGGUCCAGCUACUCCUAUGCCUUGCGCAAGCCAUAACUGUCCCGAUGAUCGAUACUGCUCCAACGAUGCAGCUUCGGAAAUGGGCUACGAAUGCAUCUGUCGAGAUGCUAGUAACUGUGAAUCAACAACAACUGAGGAACCACCAACCGAGCCCCCAACUGAACCACCAACCGAGCCACCAACUGAACCUCCAUCGGUUUGCAGCUGUGAGCCAGCAUGUGAAUCUGGAUUCGUCUGUGACAAUGGAGAAUGUGUCGAUCACGAUGAGUGCCUCACUGGAGCGCAUCACUGUCAUGAAUUCGAGCAGUGUGUCAACACAAAUGGGAACUUCCGAUGUGAACCUGGAGAAGAUGUUUGCGAUGAUUCGUGGACACCACAGUGGAAGGGGCGCAAAACAGCCAAAUACAUUUACAAAAACGAGAAGUCGGCUCUUAUUUCUGCCAAAUUCCGCGUGAAGAACGCCCCAGUCAACCCUCGAACAGAUCUUUACCAAGGAUUCAUCGUUUGGACCAAGGAUGUCUGCGGUAACGAUUUCUUGAAGAAAAUGCGAUCUGGAGAGGUUGGAGUCGAGCUUGUCGAUACCGAGGAUGUUUACGAUUUGAACUACGUCUACUUCAAAAACGACGGAAAGUACUCGUUGGGAGGCUUUUCGUUUGAGUCUACUCAGGUUGUCACUAAGGAUACUCCCUGGGCUUUCAAAUCAGGUGUUCCAACCAAAAACAUGGGCUCUGACGAUGUUCAAAUCUUCCUCACCGGACUCGAUAAGGUUAACUUCCUCGACGCCUUCGGAAUGGACUGGUGCCUCCUCACCCUCGCGAACGCCCUUAUGCCAGCUGGAGACUACCCAGGACACAUGACCCAGUGUGUCUUCGAAAAUAAGAAAUUCUGGAAAACUCCUACAGAUCCAAAUGCAUAG